AUGGACACGUCCUACCCACGGGAGGACUACCUGCCCAUGACAUCCCACAAGCGGGACCUGUCUCCCACCGUCGUCACCAUCGGGGCCUCUGCGCCACCCCGCGACCACCUCAUCUGGUCCAUCUUCAACACCAUCUACAUGAACUUCUGCUGCCUUGGCUUUGUGGCUCUCGCCUUUUCUGUCAAGGCACGGGACCGCAAAGUGGCUGGGGAUGUGGAAGCCGCUCGGCGCUUCAGCUCCAAGGCCCGGUGCUACAACGCCCUGGCCACGGCCGGGAGCGUGGUGCUGCCUCUCCUGCUCGCUGCCCUGGUCGUCACCGGUGUCCUCCACCUCUCCAAGCUCGCCCAGGACUCCGUGGGCUUUUUCAGCUACCAGUUCAACACAAGCGAUGACGAGGACAAGUGA